UAUGGGUGCCACGUCACCGCUUGCUGACGUCACGGCCAAAGGAGGGGAUUGAGCGAGAAACAUGGCGGCCUCUAUACGGGAGAAGCAGACCGCUGCUUUAAAGCGUAUGCUGAAUUUCAAUGUUCCUGUUGUAAAGAGUACCACGGGAGAACCAGUAUGGAAGGUCCUAAUAUACGAUCGUUUUGGCCAGGAUAUAAUUUCUCCUCUUCUUUCUGUGAAGGAGCUCCGAGAUAUGGGAGUGACUUUACACUUGCUUUUGCACUCAGACCGUGAUGCAAUUCCAGACGUCCCCGCUGUGUAUUUCGUGAUGCCCACAGAGGAAAAUGUAGACAGGAUUUGUCAGGACCUGAGGACACAGCUGUACGAGUCGUAUUAUUUAAACUUCAUCUCUGCCAUUUCCCGCAGCAAAUUAGAGGACAUUGCCAGUGCAGCACUUACUGCCAACACCGUGGCUCAUGUCUCAAAGGUGUUUGAUCAGUAUCUCAAUUUCAUCACACUGGAGGAUGAUAUGUUUGUAUUAUGUAACCAGAACAAGGAGUUGGUGUCUUACAGAGCACUGAACAGAUCUGAUAUCACCGACACAGAAAUGGACACGGUGAUGGACACUAUAGUAGACAGUCUGUUCUGCUUCUUUGUCACACUAGGUGCUGUACCCAUCAUAAGAUGUCCAAGAGGAAAUGCUGCAGAGAUGGUUGCAAUUAAAUUGGAUAAGAAGCUGCGUGAAAACCUCCGAGAUGCCCGUAACAGCCUUUUUACUGGCGAUAACCUUGCAGCCGGACAGUUCAGCUUCCAGAGACCUUUAUUGGUUCUUGUCGACAGAAACAUAGACCUGGCUACUCUACUUCACCAUACAUGGACAUACCAAGCACUGGUUCACGAUGUUCUGGAUUUCCACCUGAAUCGAGUGGAUUUAGAAGAAUCACAAGCAUUGGAAAGUAGCCCAGCAGGAGCUCGCCCCAAAAAGAAAAACAAGAAAUCAUAUGACUUGACCGUUUCAGAUAGAUUUUGGCAGAAACACAAGGGCAGUCCAUUCCCCGAAGUAGCUGAGUCAGUGCAGCAAGAACUUGAAUCUUACCGGACACAGGAGGAUGAAGUGAAGCGCCUUAAAACUAUUAUGGGUCUGGAAGGGGAGGAUGAAGGUGCAAUAAGCAUGCUGUCAGAUAACACUGCCAAGUUGACCUCUGCCGUUAGCUCUCUUCCUGAACUCCUGGAUAAGAAAAGAAUCAUAGACAUGCACACCAACGUAGCCACUGCAGUGUUGGAACAUAUCAAAACUCGAAAGUUGGAUGUCUACUUUGAGUAUGAAGAAAAACUGAUGAGCAAGUCAACUUUGGACAAGUCUCUCCUGGAUAUAAUUUCGGACCCUGACGCUGGGACUCCUGAAGACAAGAUGCGGUUGUUUCUCAUCUAUUACAUCACGUCUGCGCAGGCUCCAUCUGAGACUGAUCUGGAGCAGUACAAGAAGGCCCUUGAAGAUGCAGGCUGCAAUCUGGCACCUUUAAACUAUAUCAAACAGUGGAAGGCUUUUGCCAAGAUGGCGUCUGCUCCUGCAAGUUAUGGAAUUGGAGCCACAAAGUCCAAAGGUCUGCUCUCCAGAGUCAUGAAUACAGGGUCACAGUUCGUCAUGGAGGGCGUAAAAAAUCUCGUCUUAAAGCAGCAGAACUUGCCAGUCACACGGGUCCUUGACAACCUCAUGGAAGUUAAAUCAAAUCCGGAUACAGAUGAAUACAGAUACUUCGACCCAAAGAUGCUGCGUGGGAAUGACAGCUCUGUACCAAGAAACAAAAAUCCCUUCCAGGAGGCUAUAGUGUUUGUCGUUGGAGGAGGGAACUAUAUUGAAUACCAGAAUUUAGUGGACUACAUAAAGACCAAGCAAGGAAAACACAUUCUCUAUGGCUGCACAGAGCUGUUUAAUGCCACACAGUUCGUUAAACAGUUGUCUCAACUUGGGCAAAAGUAGCCAGUGGUGUGCCCUCUCUGUGUCCCACUCCAUCCCAGAGUAUGUGAUCUGGUAUUUAGUGUAAGGAUCAAUGGACAUAACCCAAACAUGGACCCUUCCAUUAACCUGUCUGCUGGCAGAACAUUGCACAAAAGCCUUCAAGUAUGAAAACAGAUGGUGAAUCCACGUCUCAACUUAUUCACUAUCAGAGGUCUCAAAUGUACGGAGCACAGCUGUGAAUCGCAGGUCCUCUGACAUCAAAAUAUUCAAGGCCUCUCUUAUUUAACUCCUUCUUUAACGAAGGUAUCACUCCCAGUACCAACUAAAUUAAUACUGUCUGUACAAAGGGGCUGUUUCCAAAUAAAGCCUACUAUUUGUUUAAUUUUA